CCUCUUCGCCUUCGUCACCGUCGCACAGGCUUCUCUUCUUGAAGCGGCCAUUCACGCCGUUUCUCUGCGUCGGAAUCAUCCAACUGAGCUCAAUCUGACGUAUCGCAACUUGGCGACGACGCGGCAUCGGCAACGCAUUGACACCAAAGUCGCUAAUUUGUCCCUUGGCGGGCGUGCCCGACACUCUUCUUCGUUACUUUUCACUCCCCCGUCGCUCUUUUCCAUGGAUUCUUCUUCGUUUCCUGGUGAAGUCCAACAGUCGCAGCAGCAGCAGCAGCUGAGGGAGUAUCAGGCGCAGUUGCAACAGCAUAGCGCACAUCAGCUUGAUGCUUUGCGUUCGCCUCUGCCAGACUCUUUCGCUCGAUCUCCAACGAAGCAUCAUCCUCCAGCUCGAUCGCUGACAGUUGGUACGGCAAAUGAACUUGACAGGAAAAAUACGCCGUCCAAUUACGAUGUUCAUCCUCACGCGCGGAGUGAAGAUUUGAACCAUGGUCGGUCGGAUAACUUGGCAUUGAGCUCGAGCCCCAGCGGGAGUCCCAUGCCCGCAUUCCAUUCACUCAGCAGGCCCUUGACACCGAAUGAUAAGGGUAGCGGUGCUUCGUCGUCAAAUCAUUCCGAAGACGGGUCGGGGAAGGCAGACGAUUCAACUCUCAAGCGUUCCAGUGUUGCAUCCUUGUCCUCGGCACCUUCAGGUGUGGGAUCAAAAGCAACUGGCAAUGCAUCUGGUGCUUCAGGUUCUGCUCCCACCAUCUGCGCGGCUUGCUCAUUGCCGUUGGAGGGUGCAUUUGUAAGGGCUCUGGGGAAUGUAUGGCAUCUUCCAUGUUUUAAGUGCAGGGACUGUGAUGCUGUGGUUGCUUCGAAGUUCUUUCCUAUUGAAGGUCCCGACGGCAAACAACAGCCACUAUGCGAGCGGGAUUAUUUCCGUAGACUGAACCUCAUUUGUGCCAAAUGUGACCAGGCAUUAAGAGGCAGUUAUAUUACGGCUUGCAACAAGAAAUACCAUGUUGAACAUUUUACGUGUUCAGUGUGCCCGACAGUCUUUGGACCUCAAGAUUCUUACUACGAGCAUGAAAAUGACGUUUACUGUCAUUUUCACUAUUCAACUCGGUUCGCAACCAAAUGUGCUGGUUGCAACAGCGCUAUUUUAAAGCAAUUCGUGGAAAUCAAUCGUAAUAACCGUGACGAAUGCUGGCAUCCGGAAUGUUAUAUGAUUAACAAGUUUUGGAAUGUCAAAAUUAGUUCGAGGAGACCGACGAGUUCCAAUACCUCCGCGAUUGAUGUGAGCGAGGAGCCUUGGAAGGAGGAAGAGGAGAAAGAAACGGCGCAAUCGCUUAAAAAUAAACAGGUGCGGAUGGAGCAGCAAGUAUAUCGCAUUUGGACCGUUCUGUCGGCGUUCGAGGAGUCGAGUGCGGCAUGCAUUUCAGACAUGUUGAGACAAGUUAGCAAUGGACAGUACUUGGAUGCUAUUCGCAUGGCAGAGAAAUUUAUAUUGCACGUCGAAGUCCUGUUUGCGACAAUUGACGAUUUGGAGACAUGUUUCUCGCGGCUAAAUUUGAAAGGUAUGUCACACGUUCGCGAGGCACGCCUUCUAUGUCGAAAGACUGUGGAUCUUUUCACACUCCUCUCGAAGCCCCAAGACAACCAAAGACGGACUGGCAUGACCCAGGAUCUGUUGGCUCUCGUGACAGGACUUGCUCACUACUUGAAGAUCCUCAUCCGGAUAGCACUAACGGGCAGCCUCAAGCUGGAGCGCGACCACUCGGUGCGAGAGGCAAUGACGAAUUUCCUCGACAAACUGCAUCUUCUUGCUGUCGAGGGUGGUAAUCCAGGUGCCCGUCGGGUUAUUCGAGGCGGCGAGAGGCAUACAGGCGAUCUCGGUGGGGCGGAUAGUACGCACGGUGUGACAUAUGGCUUCAAGAGUUUGGCUCCUGAGCUUGCGGGCGAGUCUCCCUUCAGCGAUUCCCCUGACUCUACUGUUCCACUGGUAGAGCGUCUUUCGAUCAAACCACCUUCAGAUCUUUGUGCAAAAUGUGACGUUACGGUCGAAGAGGAUUGUGCACGGCUGGGUACGUAUCAGCGCUGGCACUCACAUUGUCUACAAUGCUCGGUGUGUGGGAAGGCGUCUGCACCUCCUAUUCCGAAGGAAACGCCAAGGGACCCUGGCUCCGAUGACAAGGAAGCACCUCCGCCGAAGGUGUCUACUGUACGUCGGGCACCUGCAAACGUUGACAUUUUCGUAUAUGAGCCGCAGACGGCGAAAGAUUCUCCAUACGGGCCUGUCCCCACUGUAAUAUUUUGUUUGGACCAUCAACGCGCAGGAUCAGUUGGUGGAUUUCAGGCUGUGACGAGGCUCGAGCAGUAUGCGUUUUUAUUGAAUGUCGCCUUACGUAGAUUGUCCUACCUGCUAAAGCGGAGGGGAGUGCUAAUUCCUCCUACACCGUCUGCAACUGUUCAGCCGCAACCAAAUGACAGUCUCGAGCAACAGUCGUAUCUCGACUCAGGUAAUAUUCCUCGUAUGAAGGCGGUUCACCUCGAUCGUAAACAAUCUGCAACGGCUCGUCUACCAAGGCAUUCAACAAUCAUAGAGUCGCCAUCGGGAAAGACGGCACAGCCUACUAGUGUCGCUAAUGUUACUACACAGCGAAAUCUCGUACCACCCGCUCAGGCGCAAUCUGCGAUGCCUUCAGCUGCUCAAGCACGGUUGAUGAAACCGGCUCAACCAUCUGGCAUACAAGGGCCGCCGACUUCCCCACUUCCACAACAACAGUCUCAGCCUGGUCGGCCACGACUAGCAGCGCCAGGUGCUCUUCCUGGCGGUUUGUUUGAUGAUAGGGGUCAGGCGCUUCGUCCGGGCUUUGCUCGCAAUAACACUGGUGUUAUGAUUAUAGAUGAGUCCGCUCCGAAUUCGCCCUCCGGAGGCAUCGAAGAUCCUCCAAUUGCUCGUUCUGAUGAUGGCAUCACGCUGGCCGACAUACCGCAGCUUAUUGAAGCGGAAGAAGCACGCAAGCAACACCGAGCGCUCCCAUCGCAAAGCACUAUCCCGUUGAUUGCGGAGCUGACACCACUAGAGCUGAUGAUCGUCAAACAUGCUGCACUUCUGGCACUUAGUCGCUCUCCUUUGAAGAACGAAUUCGAGCUUGAUGAUCUUUUGGAGUACAUCGAAGUCAAGAAAGGUGGAUUCUGGAACAAGUUUUUCAAAAAGGAUAAACAGAAGAAAGGUUGGUCUCCCCAAAUCUUUAAACUCGUGUUUUCUGAUGCUAAGUCCCCUGCAGGAGUCUUUGGCGUUCCAUUAGAGAUACUAAUCGAGAAGGAAGCUGCUGAUUCUGCCCUUGGAGCGUCUCGGGCAGCAACUCUUAGGGUUCCAAGCUUUAUUGACGACGUCAUCUCUGCUAUGAGACAAAUGGACAUGUCCGUCGAAGGCAUUUUCCGCAAGAAUGGCAACAUCCGUAGAUUGAACGAGCUGACCGAAGCGAUUGAUCGCGAUCCUUCAUCUGUCGAUCUCACUCAAGACAACCCUGUCCAGCUUGCGGCGUUGCUGAAGAAGUUUUUGAAGUCCCUGCCGGAGCCUUUGAUGACUUAUAAACUUUAUCGCUUGUUCAUGGCUGCCGAAAACUUGCCAAAUGAAAUCGACCGCAUACGAUGUCUCCAUCUUGUUAUGUUGAUGCUUCCCAAAGGUAAUCGAGACACGGUGGAGGUCCUUUUCACGUUCCUUAAGUGGGUGGCCUCCUUCUCUCACGUUGAUGAGGAGACUGGGAACAGGAUGGACUUGCACAACCUUGCAACGGUCAUUAGUCCUAAUAUAUUCCGGAGUAGCCCAACUAAGGGCAAUGACACAGUUCGGGUGGAGAGCUUCGAAAGCAUCCGUGUCAUGGACAGCUUGCUCGAACACCAAGAUGAGUUUUAUCUCGUGCCAGAGGAAUUUCUACCCUUGUUACACGAUCAAGAGUACUUUGGUGGCGCGACGGAGUUACCCAGCAAGGAGUUCUUGAAGAAAUGCGAUGCGUAUCAUCGAGUGCGCGCGAACGGCCGGACGCCUCAGGGGCUCACCUCUCCUGUAUUGGGCUCGGGUUCACAGGGAAUGACACCAAGUGGAAGCGGGUCGUACUCGAAUAUGACACGAGACGCAAGCGAUCCUCGUCUCGCAACUCACCGGUCUGAUCCCUCGAUGACGCGAGGGCGGCAGCUGUACGGUGAGCCGGGAACGCCCGGCGCUGGAGGGCGGAACGGCUACUUCACUCAGGAUCUUCCGCAAGGUCCAUCCAGCUCGGGGUCUCCGUCUGAACAGCCACCACCGCCCAUACGAAAUGGGCACUCGUCUCGUCAGCAGUCUCCUCAACCGCAGCCACGGCUACCUCAUCAACCGUUCUCGCAUCCUGGGACAAACGGGCCCCUGCCGACAGCACAGAAUUUUGGCUUCGCUGCACAGGAUCUUGAACGUGGUGGAGGGCAGCAGCAGUCGCAACAGCAGUGGAUGCAAUCCAUGGCUCUGUCUGGUCCGACUCCGCAGCAGCAGAAUCAAGGGCCUUCAUUCACUCCGAGUACGUCACCUCGGUCUUAUACCCCGCGAACAAGUGGCGAACUUGUACGAAACAACUUCGCAGCUCCAAACGGUCAUGCACCAUCACGGACUUAAUUUCUACUGUUGAGGCUAAAAUUGACUUGAAUUACCUAGUCUGGUGGUACUACAAGCGCCUCCCCAUUCCUUUCCUAAAUCCUUCACUUUCUUU